GCAGGUAGACGCACUGGUCUAGCUCAGUGGUUACUUCGUUGAUCUAAUGGGAGUGGCCAGUUUUCCUUUUAUAACUCCGCUUGGGAUAAAUAGAUGCUUUGCACCGCAUGAAGACUCAGACUGCACCCAACCACCUUUGUCGUCAUGUUUCUUGCAGGACUUGUUGUCUUUUUGCUGGCCCUCACAGCUGAGGCUGAAGUUGGAGACUCCUCUAAGGUGUCCUUCUGUACCGAGACGGAGGAAUGUCUGCUCUUCGACGUCAUCUGCGAGACUGAAUACUACGAGGUCCGCCACUAUAAGGGUGUGAAGUGGGUGGCCGCCACCGAGACCUCCUACAUUAUGGAAUUUGCAGCUAUGAGCGCAUUCAAGCAGCUGUACAAAUACAUUGACGGUGAAAAUGAGAAUGGUCAAAAGAUCGAAAUGACGUCACCCGUUGUUGUCAAGAUCGUUGACAAGAAGUUUUGGCAAAUGGGCGCCUACACGGUGAGCUUCCUGCUCCCCAAGGAACAUCAGGCCAAUCCUCCCAAACCUACAAAUCCCAAUGUGAAAUUCUACGACACAGAAGAAGCUUACAUGUAUGUGCGCAGCUACGGAGGCUUGUUGACGUCCAUGAGUGACAAAAAAGAAGCCGGCAAACUGAUGAAGGCCCUUAAGUCGUAUGACGCUUCCUUUAAGAGCGACUGCCACUACGGUGCCGCGUAUAACGGUCCCAUGACGUUGUGGAACAGACACAACGAGGUGUGGUUCGUCGCAGAGGGGGAGCCGGUGUGUUACAGCAGUGAGGAAAUGGGGCCUCCUUACUAAAACCGAAUGGACAGCGAUGACGUCAAGUUGACAUCAUCGCGAGACAAGACGUGCAGACGCUUUAUGGAAUCCGACAUUAAACACGGGAGCUUAUAUUAUAAGUGCUAUGUUUCAAAUGAAAGUGACUAAUUACUACUAAGUUACUACUCAUUUUCCCUACCAUUUAUUCA